AAGCCCCGCCCCCUUGCGCAAGAUGGCGGCGAAGGUGGCUCCGCUGACGCGGAGCCGGUGCCGGGGAUGCCUUCUCGGGGCUCUGCUGGGCGACUGCCUGGGCGGCGAGUUCGAGGCGCGGGAGUCGGUCAGCGCGCCCGAGUUGCUCCGCUUCGUACUUGCCCUGCGACCGCUGCCAUCGCCGCCCCGGGAAGGCCCGGCUGCGGAGCCUGGCGAGGAGAGCGGCAGGCGUGUUUCGAAAAUCCUCUAUUACAGCGAUGACACAGCCAUGGCCCACUCAAUAGUUAGGUCACUGUUGGCUAAGCAAGAUUUUGAUGAAGUGGAUAUGGCAAAGAGGUUUGCUGAAGAAUAUGACAAGGAUCCUGACCGAUCCUAUGGAGGCGGUGUGGUGACUGUAUUCAAGAAACUGCUUAGUCCUAAAUGCAGAGACGUGUUUGAGCCAGCAAGGCAGCAGUUUAACGGGAAAGGUUCCUAUGGGAAUGGUGGUGCCAUGAGAGUAGCAGGCAUUUCAUUAGCUUACUCUGAUGUUCAAGACGUAAAGAAGUAUGCUAAACUGAGUGCUGAGCUGACCCAUGCAAACUCCUUGGGUUACAACGGAGCCAUCCUGCAAGCCUUGGCAGUCCAUUAUGCUCUCCGUGGGGAGUCAGAACGGGACAAGUUUUUGGAUCACCUGAUAGGCCAAAUGGAAGACGUGGAGGCCGAUGACAAGUCUGUGGCGGAUGCACAAAUGCUGGGCUACGAGGACCGUCCCUUUUCAAAGCGUUUAAAGAAGAUCAGAGAGUUUUUGGAACAGGGUAGUGUGUCCAGGUCGGAUGUGUUACUAGAAUUAGGCAAUGGCAUCGCAGCCCUGCAUUCUGUCCCCACCGCAAUCUACUCGUUCCUGCGUUGCAUGGAAUCUCACCCAGAUGUCCCUGAUAGCUACAACUGUCUGCAGCGGACCAUUAUGUACUGCAUCUUACUGGGCGGGGACACGGAUACGAUUGCAACCAUGGCAGGAGCCAUUGCAGGGGCAUUUUAUGGGGAGGAGCAGGUGCCCCAAAUUUGGAAAGAGAGCUGUGAAGCCUAUGAGGAGACAGAGAAGCUGGCCGAUGGCUUGUACGAACUCUACCACCAGCCAGCUUGAGCCACGAAUGAGGAUUUGACACCCGGUAAUCUGGUCUAUAGUUUUGCAUCAUGUACCAAAGGAAGCGAACCAUGCCCAGGACAUAGUGAAUGGCUCCCUGCCAAAGGUUUCUGCUGUGGCUGCAUGUUCAGAAGUGCCAAUUCUUUUCAGCCGCAUAGUCACUGUUCACCCAUCCUUUUCUCCUUUUGCUGUUUUGUUUCCUAAUUUUGAAAUUUUUGUAAUUAAUCUUGGUCAGAAUUCUCUUUAGUUCAUUGUAUCCAGUGUUCUCUCUGCAGCAGAUGGCCUUCUGACAGUUUCCCAAGCAGAUCCUCACCCCAGAAAACUUGAGACAGGACUAAGUUUGGACAAAGUCAAAGGACAAAUAUGUAACUUUGCAGUUCAAUCAACUGUUAGAUUGAGAGUCAUCAGGCCGAGCUGCUUCUAUGGGCAAUUGGAACUUUAAUACUAGAAUACCAGAAAUAUCUUUAAAUGUAUUAACUGUAAUGCUGGCAUUAAUAAAUUUUACCGCUUUUUAAAAACUAAGAUGGAUCGAUGUGUCUCUGCUGGCUUCAUGAGUAAAGUAAACAACUCUAAGUUGAGCCAAGGUAUUUUGUAACACUGCGUCUUGCUCAAUCAGUCCACCUCUGAAUACCAGGUUUUUGGGAUGGUGUUAAUAGAGGUAUCAAUCCCAUUUCUGCAAACACCAAUAGCCACCCAGAGUCACUUCAAUAGUGAAAUGGGUGGCAAUAUGUAUUUAAUAAACAAAUAAUUGGAGGUACUAAGGAACUUACUGCAGUUUACUUUAGAGCAAAGUGCAUUGGAUGGGCUGAUAAUGGAAGCCAGGAAAAGCACACUGGGUUGAUCAGGUACACAUCAUUCACAACACAGGUGGAUUUGGGACCUCCUAGAGUGCCAGUUUUGUUAGGACAUAGCCGCUGUUAAUCAAGCUUAAGCAUUUUGGCAGCUGAAAAAAAGUCUAGUAAUCAGUUCUACUUAAGGUUAAUAUCAGGCAGGGGAAUCAAAUUAAUAAGCAGUUAACUAUGGGGAGUUUAACAAAAGUAAUUGAAGCUAAUGGCACACAAGGCAAUCAAAUUAACAGUUAAGUCUAUGGGGAGUUUGGUAGAGUUAUUUCUAUUAGGGAAAGGUGAAGGAUUGAAGGGAAGGAGUCGAGAAGUGAUUUAUUUUACCCAGUCUUCAGUUAUUGAAGAAGAAAGGAUAAAAACACUCAUUUGUCACAAAAGAAGCAAAUGUACAGAUAGACAUUGCACAAUUUGGCAUUCAUACAUAGAUGCAUGCUAAACUGGGCCAUUAAUAUAGAAGCACUUUAAAAACAGAAAAUAAGAAAUUCUGGACUGAAGAUAGAAAGGAAAACAAACCAACCCCAUUCCCUUUUAACACUGAUGAUGUUAACUGGUUUGGUAAAGAAACGGCUGCAAGAAAACAAGCUCAGAGAGCACCAAGGACACCCCAAAAUCAAAGUGAGGAGCGAUUCAAAGUGACGUUUUUCAUUUAACAAAGAAUUCCUUUUAUAGAAGAUUUCAGGCAAAAGUAUCAUUAACCCAUGUAGACUCACUGUGGGACAAAAACAAAGCUGGUCAAGAGAUCAUCAUCCUAAAGAGAUUUUUAAAAAAUUGGGAAAAGCCAGGCCAGAUGUCUAGAUUUGACUUCCUCCUGGCCUUAACUCACUGAAAAAAUGAUGACAACCCCCAUGGAAUUCUUUUCACUCCUUGUUUUGAUUAACCAAAAGAACCUCAAGGACUGUCCCAAGAGUGCAGGCCACCUGAUCCUUAACUAGAAAGGGAAUUGCCUGCAUGUUG